AUGAACAUUUUCGAAACGACAGAGACCUUGCCCACCGUCCCAGAUAACCUUUCCAUCCCACAAUUCUUUCUUGACUAUCAUGGAAACGAACAGCUUGUAACCAAUGGCCAGCCUGUCCAAGGCUUAGAACCCAAUCCCUGGUUCAUAGAGGAAAGGACCGGCCGCAAAAUCGGUUUAGCUGAAAUUCGGCGUCGCAGUUUCGGGCUUGCGAAUGCAAUAAGCAUUCGAUACAACAUUGCUUCGGCAGUGCUCAUAUUUAGUCGAAAUCAUGUUGAUUAUCCCAUUGCUAUCUGGGCAGUUCACCGUGUGGGAGGAAUUGUAUCAGGGGCGAAUCCGGACUUUGUUAGCAAUGAACUACUCUAUCAAAUCCAAGUUUGCAAUGCGAAGCUCAUUCUAGUGCAUCCGGACGCACUAGAAACCGCUGUUACAGCUGCACGUUCCGCUGGGAUCGCCUUAGACCGUGUUAUAGUAUUUGAUGUUGACUCAAAGAAUGCACCUAAAGGUUUCCAAACCGUUUCAAAUCUGGUUUGGGAAGGCCUUAAUCGACCAAGUAACCUCGUGGAACCUAAAAUAGACGCCAGGACGAAGCUUGCUUUUUUAAGCUUUUCAUCUGUUGUGAACCUCUUUUUGCAGGCGGUCGCAAUCCCCCAUUUUUCUGUAAUCAUAAAUGUGAUUCAAAUGGCAAUCCAUUUCAAGGUUUUCCAAGAGUCUGCGCCUUGGCACGAGCGUCGUUUCAGGCCUGGGGAUAUUUCCAUCGGAGUCUUACCCAUAUAUCAUAUUUACGGGCUUGUCCUGAAUGUACGUGUGCUCAGGAUACUCUUCUUUCACAUGUCUCUUGUUCUCGUGGAGAAAUUCAAUUUUGUUGACAUGCUCAGGAAUAUUGACCGCUAUCGUAUAUCACACUUAAUGCUAGUUCCUCCGCAUAUUGUGCUUUUCUGCAAGCAAACUGAACUUCUCAAAGAUUAUGCCCUUGACAGUGUUCGAUUCAUCAUGGUUGGAGCUGCCCCGCUCUCAAAUGAAGUAAACAAUCAGUUAUUUAAUAUAUUCCCGGAGGCUCAUAUUGGUCAAGCCUACGGAAUGACUGAGACGUGCACAUCGGUCAGUGCUUUUCCCAUCUCGAAGAAGCGAGGGAGUGCGGGAAGCGCUGGUUUGCUGAAGCCAGGUGUUCGCGCUCGAAUCCUCAAGGAAGAUGGGACUUUUGGUACCUUCAACGAGCCAGGAGAACUAUACAUCUGGAGCCCUUCUAAUGCGUUAGGUUAUUAUAACAACGAACAAGCUACGAGAGAAACCUUUAUAGAUGGAUGGGUGCGAACUGGAGAUGAAGCCAAGAUAGACCGAAACAUGGAAUUGUGGAUCAUGGAUCGAAUGAAAGAAAUUAUGAAAGUACGAGGCUUCCAAGUUGCACCGGCUGAACUAGAAGGGUGCAUCUUAGACCAUCCCGAUGUGAACGAUGCUUGUGUUGUUGGUAUUCCAGACGAUUACAGUGGUGAAGUUCCGUUAGCGUUCGUAGUACUCAAACCGGAAGCUGCCCAAAGAGCCAUAAGUAGUAUCGAAGAAAGUGCAAGAGUGAAGGCUUCGAUUCAGAAGCACGUUUCCGACAAUAAGGUCUAUUACAAGCGACUAGCAGGAGGGGUCGAGAUUGUGACGACUAUACCCAAGAAUCCCAGUGGAAAAUUACUGCGUCGUGUGCUACGAGAAAAGGCCAAAGCUUUGAAGAAACCAACACCAAAACUCUGAAGCCGUAAAAUAUUGUCAGGAAUCAUUGGGAGAUAUGGCGUUAGAAUUGUAUAUCCCUUUUGCUUGUUCAACGUUCCUUGUGAUUUUGCAAUGUAUCAUAAUAUAGGCUAUGCAU